GAGAUCUGCGGCUAGUAACGUGUCCCUCUAGCGCUGCUAAUCUCCACUAAUCGCUGCUAAUCACCACAGCACUCCGAAUCAUGAGCAGCCCGGACUGCGGCUACUCCAGCGACGAUCAGAUUCAGGGAAGCUGCUCAGUGCCGAUGAUGAUGGGCCAGUAUCAAUGGACCGAACCCCUGACCGUGUUUCAGGACCUCAAACCCAAGAGGGAUGAAGGAUCUGCCGAUUCCAGAAGCAAAGCCGAGGGUCGGAUCCGCCGACCCAUGAAUGCCUUUAUGGUGUGGGCAAAGGACGAGCGCAAGAGGCUGGCGCAACAGAACCCCGACCUGCACAACGCCGAGCUCAGCAAGAUGCUUGGUAAAUCAUGGAAAUCCCUUACUCUGGCAACUAAACGCCCCUUUGUGGAAGAAGCUGAGAGGCUGAGGGUGCAGCAUAUCCAGGACUAUCCUGAUUACAAAUACAGACCCCGCAGGAAGAAGCAGGUGAAGAGGAUGAAGAGGGAAGAGGAUGGAUUCCUUCCCAGUGCAAACUUCCCAGGAUCUCAGAUAAUGGACAACAAUGUCAUGGUAGGAGAGAACUAUAGGAUGCAGUAUUCUGCGCAGAACCACCAGCAGAACCAACUCCCACCAGCAGGCUACUUUGAGGGCCACAACUCAAUUGGAUACUAUUACAGAGAUUACAGUGUACCCAACUACCACAUUUCCCAGAACAGCUCUGGCUACGACAGCCCCCCUGCACAAGAUGAGUACCAAGCAUUGUCUUACAGUUUCAACAGCAGCUAUAUGCCCUACCAGCAGAAUGCUACUACCCCAGUGAUGGCUAAACAGAUGGCAGUUACCCAGAACAUUCCCCAGGAAAGCCCUGAACAUGGCAUGAUGGCUUCUCCACAAAUGUACAACAGACAAAUGUAUGUAUCAGAGUGUGCCAAAACCCACCCAAUGGCACAGACUGAGCAGCAUUUCCCUUCAUAUCAGUCCCAGAAGAUGGUCAGACAGAAUUAUCUACAGAGCCAGCAAGAUGGGCAUCUGGAGAGUGACAUUGACAAGACUGAGUUCGACCAGUACCUUAUGUAUGAGCCCAAGGCUGAUAUGGAGAUCAUCUAUACCAUUGACCAGGACAGUGGUGCUUAUAGUACAAACCUCCUGCCAUCUUUAAUCACAGAGGCAAACAAUGUCUGCUACUAUGACUAUUGUGGCGUAUAAAGCACUUGCACAGAGAAAUAAGCCAAUGGACAUUAGUAUAAUUGUGCAUUCUGUGCUAUGAUUAUAUAACUCUACUGUUAAGUUUAUUCACUCUUGUGGAUGUGACAUGUAUCAUAUUGUAUAUUACAUACAUUAUUUUGUACACGGCAGAAUUUAUUUACAUUUAAUAAAUGUACUAGGAUUUCUAUAA